AGCGUUUUAUCAUUACUCUUACCCAGCGACUCUGCAUUAUCUUCUUCAUCUAACUUAUUUUAGUUGUCCUCAUCUCAAGACGCUGUCAUUUUAUAGACUAAUCCUCUCAAUAUCUACAAAGAUUCCCGUAUUUACAUCUAGCUCUUACCCACCAUUGAUUCUUCACAUUCCCACUUAGCUACAUAUUGCUUUUAUCCUUUUACUCUUUAUUUUUUUUGUCAAUCUUAUCAAACUCCUUCAGGCUGAAGUGAGCUUUGGUUGUCGUUGUCAGCUUGUCAUUGUAAUCUGCCCGCCUGCUAUCUGGUUCCUUUUCAGCGAAUUUAUCGAGAAGUUUGUUUUCGAGCCGCGUUCACAGGCUUCCCCGUCGCGCUUUAUUUCACAGAACCGCGCGAGACGCCACUCUAUUCCGAUUCCGUCAUGCCUUGUUUACUCAGCCUUCCUGUUCACCCUUCAUAUCAUCCUUACAAUCCAUCACCUAGUGCAUCACCUCGCUCUCCGCGUUCCUUCCCUCGAGCUUCUCUCAAUGGUCCUCCAAAGACUUCUUCGAAAAACGCGGAAAGCUUUCAAUCAAUAGACGCCACUCCGAUGGAUGUCGAUAGCCAGGAUUCUACGCUCUCAGCCUUGUCUGAAAUGGCUUCCUCAUCCAUUUGCUUGCAAGUCUUCAAUCCUGAACAGAAUGUAGAGAUGUCGUGUCGCUAUCUUAUUCCAUCUACUCCAAGUCCAACGGAGAACAAUGCUGUUUGCCUUGUCGCGUCACCAUCACCUUUGCUUGCUAAGCCAUCAGAGACCUUACCAAGGAACUUGCCUGAGCGUAGCGUUUCACCACCAAGCCCGGCAGCCGGUUCAUCAGCCGCGACUCAUCCCGUCAUCAACUAUCUUAAGUCAUGGCGACCACCUUUAGCAUAUUAUGCUCGUCGUCGUCAUCAUCCAUCUUUAGCCCAUCCAUCUCGCCGUCCAUCACUUCCAGCUCUUCUCGAGGAGAGAGCUACUCCUGAAGGCAAUCUUUACCUUGUCCGACCCGAGCUGGUGAUCUCCCGAAACCGACGACCCACCUGCAUGUGCAUGUCGUGUAAGAUGCAAUUCAACUCACAGGGACGCCCCGCCUGGUCUUACUGCACUCAGAGGCCUGUGCGCGGUCCUAGGACACCUGCAUUUGAGGGUUGGGAAGAUCAGUCGGAUGAAGAUAUUCGAGAAGAUCAAUCAGACGAAGAAGAUGAAGAGGAUGACGAGGAUGAUGACGACUACUGGUCAGAACCUGAGUCGGUGGAGGCUGUUACGCCAACGAGCUCUCCUAACUCUCCAUCACCAUUUUUCCUUCAACCUCUCUUCUUGACUAAACCUCCUGGAUGUUAAGCUAUCUGACCGUAAACAAUUGUAUUUCGAUACAUACAUCUGAAUCUCUUCCGAUUUAACUUUCGGACUAUAUUUAUCUUUGACCUCACUCUCAAUCGCGAUUUGGAAUCUCUUAUUCUACAAGCCUUUUAUAGUUCUUGUGGCAUUGUAUCCAAUUGUCACCUAUUUUCCUGAUUGUUUAAUCUUUUUUUCUUCUCUAUGAACUCGUUUUCUCUUUUUCGCAUUUAUCGUAGUAGUAACCUGUUGUAAACUCUUGAUCCAUUUUGCAUUUUUAGGAUCUAAGUUAUUCUUCUUACAUGAUUUAUUUAUUUCAACUAUAUAGGUAUUUCUAUAUUGUUUGUAAAAGGAUUAUUUUUUUCAAGUAGUAUGAUAAAUAUCAAAUGUAAAUUUUUGCCUGAUCUUGGUUUGGUUUGGUUGAACUUGAAAUUCGGUGGAUUGGACGUGGUCAAUUUCCUAAUUGUAAAAGGAUUUUUACUUCUUUUUCUUUUCUUUUAUCAGAUUCAAACCUAUCUUGCUCAAUUGCCUUUUCUGAUACGAUUGAUCCCCUUUAACCUCGCUCUCAGUUUUUUUUUCUUUUCUUUUUCGUCUACAUCCAGAUUGUAACCUUUGCUUUCUGAAAGACCUUUUUUUUAUUCAAAACUUUGUUUCAGUUCUUCUUUUAAGAUUAUUACAUACUUUGUUGUAGCAGUCCUUUAUUCUCACCUCGUUUCUUUUUCGUUGUGAAUGAAGAGAUAGAUAUUCUGG